AUGCUUAUUCAGGGUGCUACAGGAGUUGGCGCAGUUGGGUUUGAGAUUGAUGAUGAACAGUUUGAUUCAAAUGUCCUAAAAGCAAUGCAUGUGGAUGAAAUCAGUUUGGCCAUAAAAUCUGAUCCGCUACUCGUUUUACUAGGCCAGACCCAAUACAACAAGCUAGGAGCAAGAAAGGCCUGCCAUGUAAGGGAGAAACUGCGAAUAAUGGGAAGACUCAAACUUGUCCUCAGAAGGAACACUGGAAAAGUUUCUGCCUCAAUUGAAGAAUUUAUCAAUCCAAUGCAUUUUGAUACUUGUGUUCAGGGAGUGAAAUCAUUAGCAGAGGAAACUGAUCAAUUGUCUCUCAGUGGGACAAAAACAUUCAAGAAACCUUCCCUUGCACUUAAAGCUGGACACUUGCUUAGAAAAAUAGCAGAGCUGAAGAAAGGACAGGGAAUCAGAAACAAAGAUGACACAUUAAAGGUGGCAGCUGCUGACUUUAUUGAAUUGUAUAAUACAGAAUGGAGUGACAAAAUAUCUGGGAUUGCUCAUCAAAAUAUCAAAGAGCUGCAUUUCAACAAAGAAACAAUUCUUCCACUAACUGCAGAUCUGCAGAAACUCACAAAGUACUUGGAGGAAGAAACAACUGCAAUGACUACGAAGAUUUUGAAUCAUAAGUCAGCUGAACUGUGGAGAAAGCUUGCAGAGCUAACAUUAACACGACUCAUUCUGUUCAACAAGAGGAGAGCAGAAGAGCCUGCACAAAUGCUUGUAGAACGAUUUAAGCAACGCCCAAUAAACAGGAAUACCAAUGAAGAGCUACUGCAGUCACUACAACCAAUUGAGAAGCAUCUAAUGAAAUGCAUGGACAUGGUGGAAGUCUUAGGAAAGAAAAACAGAAAGGUUCCAAUUCUUAUGACACAGACCAUGCUUGCAGCAGUCAGUGCUCUUGUAUCCACUAGAGAUGCAGUAGGAAUCCCUAAAGAGAAUCCAUUUGUUUUUGCAGUGGGGGAAAAUGGGCACCUUCGGGGAUGUGCAACAAUCAAGCGAACUGUCGAAAGUUGCAAAGAUGACAUCAAAUAUCCAGAAUUGAUUACUAGUACCAAACUACGAAAGUACAUGGCUACAGUUUCUCAGGUGUUCAAUCUGUCCACUGGGCAACUGGAGGAGUUGGCAGGACACAUGGGGCAUGAACUGAGUGUGCAUAGACAAUACUACAGGCUGCAGGAAGAUGUGGUAGAAAUUGCAAAAGUGAGCAAACUACUGCUCACUGUAGAGAAAGGAAAUGCCCACCAGUUUGCUGGAAUGUCUCUUGACGAUAUUCAGUUAGAUGGCAAGUGUAGAUGA